AUGGCCAGCUCACUCCGAAGCGGGGAUAACCUCGCCCUGCUUAAGGGGCGAAGUGCAGAGGAGAUUGUGCAAUCUGAGGAUGAUGGGCUCAGGACUGGUGUAUCAUUGCCCGUUGUUGCACCAGAUCUGUAUGCUGUCGAGGUAAAUCACAUCAUCCCUUUGGAUGAAGUAGACGGGUUCCGUGAGCACCCUCUAGUAUCCACUGAGCGGAAUGUAACUCAGUCGGGGUCAGCACUAGAUAAAUCAAGCAGAACUGGGGCUGUGGUCCUGGAAAGCACCUUCCAGGUGCCCAACAGGCCCAUUCCAAUCGAACAUGUUCUAGCCAAUGACUACGACUUCCCGGAGCAAUUAGGAAGUCUUUCCCUUGAGGAGAAAGAAAUUCUGGAUGUUGGCUCCGGAGAGGGUUCUUGGGGCGUUUUCCGCUGUGAACACCCUAGCUGUUGGGACAUCAGAGACAAAUUCCGCUUCAAUAUCUUUACAGAUCUUGCACACCAUUAUAAACACUCUCACCCGGCUCACAUAGAAGAUGAGACGAUCCCCUGCAGCUACGACUCGUGCAAGAGAUCAGACGAUCCCUUCACGAGGAAAGACGCGUAUAGGGAUCAUCUUCGGGAAUACCAUCUAGAAGACAUGCUCAAGAGGCAUAAGAAGAAGAACCGAGAGCAGGAAUGGUGGGCUAGCCGGAUCGUUUCGCCUGUGUGGUGGAGAUGCGUUCGAUGCUUAGGUCCCAGCAUCAUUGUCCAGAGAGACGGCUGGACGUGUAAAACUUGCAAUCAAGAGUGUGAACCGGAACGUGUUCACAUUCGAAAGUCGAUAUCCACCAACACUGUUCCAAAGGGAGGCGGUCUCCUUGAGAAAUUUGGAAUAGUCUCGCCUCGCCAGUACGCUGAUGGAAGUACCAAAGGGGCUGCCUCGGCUGCAGCACGCUCUGAGGACGCUAUUUCCUUGUCUUCUACAGUGAAGCACAAAAUUGACGUAAAGAAAGCAGAGCGUCACGAAUCUUCGCCAAGCCAGACGACUCAAAGUGAUCCCGGACAAUCAGAGCAUCACAAGGCCGUUCCAGAAUCACCGAACAAGCCUGGCUUCAGCCAUUCCGAAUACGCAAGCCAUAAAGUGGUUCCGUUCACAACGGUCAAGCAACUCGGCCAUGGGUCACUCGGAAGUGUGGACGCAGUCCGUCAUAGUGGUGAUGCAGAUGGUAUGAUUCUGGCUCGGAAAGUUAUCCGACUGCCAAAUAUGGCCCGGAAACGGCUGCUCCCUCUUAUACAACAAGAAGUGGCCGUCUUACGAGAGCUGAGACACAAACAUAUCAUCCAAGUCAUCAGCACAUACGAGACUACCUCAGCACCUCGACAGUUCGGAAUCCUUCUCUCACCUGCCGGAGAUGAGGACUUAAGCCACUACCUUGAGCGCGUAUGUGAAGAUGACUUCCCAGAAGAGGACUUGCAGCGUCUGGUAAAAUGGCAGUAUUGUCUAGCAUCGGCUGUGGCGUACAUUCAUUCCCGCAAUGUUCGACACAAGGACAUCAAACCCAGUAAUGCAAUCUGCAAAGGUGGUGAAAUCUUCCUUACGGACUUUGGCUCAGCUCAUCAAUUCAGUGCUGGCCUGACCAGUUCUACCGAGGGCUAUGCUGCUGGUAUCACCAAGAUGUAUAGUGCACCAGAAGUCAUAUCCUUAGAUCGACGCGGCAGGCCAGCAGAUGUCUACUCACUUGGCUGCGUAUUUGCGGAGAUGGCAACGGUUGUCGGCCGGAGAGCAAUCGAGGACUUUCAUGACUUUCGGAGUGAACCUAUUCCGGACGAACCUGAUCGAUUAACCCUUUGCUAUUAUGCCACAGCGCACAAAUUGAAGGAUUGGUUCGAAUCAGAUGCAGAUCCUUGGUCAUAUUCUUUAAUCUCGAAGAUGUUAGCUGAAGAUCAAGCAUUGCGACCUUCAGCUGAGAAAGUUUUGUCGAUACUGGUCGAGCACUCAAGAUUCUCAGAUUGCUUAUGUCGAUUUGUAUCAGAUCGGGAUUUCAAUCUUCGAUGA